UGGCGGCGUAGGUGCAGACCCUCCGCGGCUGACAUGUUUUUAAACGUUUUUUCGUCUUUAUUUCGACAUUUAUGCAAAAAUUCAGCGUCCGGAGUGAUAGCGUGUCUUUACCGAAACCGUCGCCGGCCACGUUGUCUUUGCUAACACCCGCGGAAUUCGCUCCCGAGGCCGGAUUCCCGCUGCAGGCACCGAAAAGUUUGAGCCCCAUCCUCCGGUGAAGAUGAAGAGGCAGGCCGGGAGAGACGCCAGCCCGUCCAGGGCCGCCGCCAAGCGGAUCCGGGAACGGGAGCGAGAGAGCGCGCGGAGAGAGGAGCUGCCGCCGCCGCCGCUGGCUCUGCUGCUGGCGGACAGCCGGGGCUACCACCGCCGGAGCCGGAGCAGGGAGCGGGAGAAGCCGCGGCUCCGGGAGGACCGGACGGCCGCGCUGGAGCUCCACCACCGGCACGAGCUCAGCCUGCUCGGCCGCCCGCCGCUCCGGACCACCGCGGUGGAGCUGCCCGCCGCCCGGCCGGGCACCCUGGAGUACAAAACCCUGCUCAUCAGCAACCUGGGCUCGCAGGUGUCGGACGAGGACGUGGAGGACGCGCUGUUUCACGAGUUCAAAAAGUUCGGGGACGUGAGCGUGAAGCUGUCGCACACGCCGGAGCUGGGCCGGAUCGCCUACGUCAACUUUCGGCACCCGGAGGACGCCAAAGAGGCCCGGCACGCCAAAGCCUCCAGGUUAGUUUUGGGGGACCGGCAGCUUAAGAUCGAGCCCAUGUACGUGAGGAGGCGGAGCGUGACGCCGCCGGACGCCGGGUAUUUACCUCUGCACGCGCCGUACCCGUACAGACAGCGGUCCCUGUCACCGCCGGGUCCGGGUGUGAGCAACAUCAGGGACAUCAGAGCCAGACACUACGCCCUGGAGACCCUGGGGCUCGGCAGGGAGCGGGAGCGGCUGCUGGAUUAUUACGGCAUGUUGGACGAGCGGGGGCGGCCUUACGGCUUCCCCCCGAUGCCCGUGGUGGAGGAUCUGAAACCGGAGGACGACCAGCGGGCCACCAGCAACCUGUUCAUCGGGAAUUUGGACGGUAAUGUGACAGAGGCGGAGCUAAGGAGGGGCUUCGACAAGUACGGCAUCAUUGAGGAUGUUGUGAUUAAGCGCCCGGCUCGCGGACAGGGCGGGGCGUACGCUUUUGUGAAGUUUCAGAACCUGGACAUGGCCCACCGAGCCAAGGUGGCCAUGCAGGGGCGACUCAUGGGCGGAAACCCCAUAAAGAUCGGGUAUGGUAAAGCGAACCCCACCACACGGCUCUGGGUGGGUGGUCUCGGGCCCGGGAACUCCCUGGCCGCCCUCGCUCGGGAGUUUGACCGUUUUGGAAGUAUUAGGAACAUCGACUAUGUGAAGGGGGACAGUUUUGCUUACAUUCAGUAUGAGAGUUUGGACGCCGCGCAGGCCGCCUGCACCCAGAUGAGGGGCUUUCCUCUGGGCGGCCCGGAGCGCCGCCUGAGGGUGGACUUUGCUAAAGUGGAGGAGAGCCCCUCACGGCCGUUUCCUCCUGGUUACCAGCCUCCUGUCGCAGUCCCCUCCCACUAUGACCUCCUCGGGGAGGCCUACAGCCGCCAUCGCAGCCUGGAGCGGGAGCUGAGGGGAGUCAGGGACCGCUCGUCGCCUCCCUCCCACAGCGUCCUCACCCCGAGGGAGAGAGAGAGGGCCCUGCUGGAGAGAGACUACCCCAGCAGCCCCACCCGCAGCCUGGAGAGGAGGAUGGGGGGAGUGGAGGCAUUUGGGAGGAGUGGGAGAGCGGCGAGGAGCCGCAGCAGGAGCAGGGAGCGGUGGCUGAAGGAGAGGGAGGAGAGGAGGAGCAGAAGGAGGAGCAGGAGCGUGUCCACCGACAGGCUGACGGACGAGAGGGAGCGAGAGAGGGAGAAGGAGAGGGGGAGGUCGAGGGUUCGAGGUGUGGGAGGCGCCGUCUCUCCUGACGCGAGCCCGGACCGAGCCCGGGUCCGAGCUCCAGACUCCACCACCGAGCCGAGAGACCACUCCCCCGAGAACACUGGUGGGGGGCGGCACUCCUCCGCCACCAAUGAAGAAGAUCCGCCGUUCGGGCGCCACCACAGCAAGAGGUCCGGCGAGCAUCUCAACAACCACCACCACCGAAACAGCGAGGUCAUCGCCGCCGUCUCUCCUGCCGCCAACACGGACACCUCCUCCUCCCCCAGCACGCUGUCGGAGUUCGCCCAGGCGUCGCUGUCCAAAACGUGGCACGGCUUCUUCGCCCUGAAGAACAGCAGCUUCCCCACGGACCUGUACAUGCUGGAGGGCGGCGCCGCGUUCUUCAACACCGUGAUGAAGGACACCCUGAAGCUGCAGAGCCAGAACCAGCCCAGCCAGCUCAAGAUCGCCCAGAGGCUCCGCAUGGACCAGACCCGACUCGACGAGGUGUCGCGGCGCAUUAAGCUCGGGCGGCCUGAUGGGUUCGCCAUCCUUUUGGCUCUCCAGGGCCCCAUCGACCGCCAGGCCCCGGCACCCGAGCCGGGGCUGCAGGCGCGCUUGCUCCGCCACCUGGUGACCUAUCUGCGGAACAAGGAGGCGGCCGGAGUGGUGAGCCUCCCCGCCGCCAAAGAGGGCGGCCCCGGGGCGAUGCUGUACGCCUUCCCCCCCGGAGUGUUCUCACAACAGUACCUGCAGGCCGCCAAGAGGACUGUGGGUAAUCUGGACGAGGAGCACAUGGUUAUUGUGAUUGUCAAUGACACUAAUUGAUUUUAACACUGAAGAUGUACAGACACGAAAGGCACGCACACACACACACACACACACACACACACACACACACACGGAGCGAGCCGACAGGAAGCUCGCUCAACUACAAAUACUUCCAUGUUGUUUUCAGAACGAUGCGUUUUAUUGUUUUAUUCAGUAUCUUUAAAUGAAACACGGCGACGCACACUACAUGUCUCUCUUUUAGGGAUGUCCCCAUCAGGUUUUUACGCCCCCGAUCUCAGUCUGGGUUAUUUUAUACUGAAUAUCAGCUGAUCCCGGAACAAUACUUGUAUUUACCUGGUUAAUAAAGCUGCACACUUGAAGUACUUUAAAGUAAUUAAAUCAAUCCUGUGUUUAUGUUUGACGCUUAAAAAGCUCUGAAACACAAUAUAAGAAAAAAUGUCUGCAUCCAAACAGUUCCUUCAGGUUCUUUUAUAUUUUAUUUUUACAAAAACAACAGAUUAAACAAGCUAAAAACAUUUUUUGGCUGUAAUAAUUCCACAUAAUAACUCUUAGAAAUUGCUCUCAAGUCCACUUAGUGCAGCUUUUGAUUUUUCAACAAAAUAACAAAGGGAACAAACUAAAAAUGUGUUUUCAGAAAUUGCUCUCAGAUCCACAUAAUGCAGCACCAUCAAGUAUCGAACACUAUAAAUGAGAAAUAUAAUCACAAUUCAACUUUAAACUCGCAUUAUAGCUGAACUUUAACAUUCCCAGUCAAGUAGAAAUCCGCCACAGUUCCUCUUAUUUCGGCAUCAUAGUAACACUAGUUGACUAAAAAUGAACAACAAAAACUUCAGUUUGACUCGACGUGGAGCAGCAGCUUCAGUUUAACAUCAUAAAAAAAAUCAUUUUCUACCACUGAAGUCGCAGCACUACAAGAAAACCUCAGUAUCUGGUGCGUGUGCUGAAAAUAACCGAUCCCGAUCAAUAAAAAUGUCUUGAUCUGGCCGAUUAUCAAUCCUUCACACCUGAUCGGGACAUCCUGUCUCUUUUACUCGUCCUCAUUUAUUUCUUUAUGUCUCCCUCUGAUGAUCCACUGAUUGUCACAUUUACAGGCAGUUAACUUUGGCUUAUUUAACACUGACUGUAUUUUACAAUGUUUUUGUGUCUAAAUCACUAAUGGGAACAUUAUUUUGAAAUUGGUCCAGUGCUGAGCAGGAAAGCUGCAGACGGCAGCCACCAAAAAAGCUGCAAUGUAACCCCUCCGGGUAAUAAUGCACCAUCAAUUAAUUCUGCUAAAAGUGCUCGUUUUUGUCACUGACAGGCUCGGGUCGAUCUUCUGUGUCUGACAACGUUAUUGAAAGGAUUUCUGCUUUCUUCUAAGAGUAAGAUCAUUUUGUUUUACCUGAAAUGGCCCCAAAAAUCGCCAUCACCGAACCCACCUGACUCCUUUUAAUCAACCUGGAUCACAUUCAGACACCUUUCACAAGCUUUUAAACCUUCGAGCCCCUAAAAGCAAACUGGUUUGAUUUCUUUCAAAAAUUGAGAGAAAAGGAAAUCAAGCAAUGUAGCAAGAAAUGUGCAAGAAAGUACUAAAAUUAGAAUUUAAAAAAAAUUAAAAUGCCAGAGAAAAUUAUCCA